CGGCGGAGUUCACGUGCAGAUAGCCAAGGAUUCUCCGUCUGGACCUACUACUAUGGCGCCGCCCGGGUCUCUGAACCUCAACAACGAGGUUGUGAAGAUGAGAAAAGAAGUGAAGAGAAUCCGAGUUUUGGUUAUCCGAAAACUUGUCAGGAGUGUUGGCAGACUGAAAUCAAAAAAGGGUACUGAAGAUGCACUAUUAAAAAACCAAAGACGGGCACAGCGAUUACUCGAAGAAAUCCAUGCCAUGAAGGAAUUAAAACCUGAUAUGGUAACUAAAUCUGCUCUUGGCGAUGAUAUUGACUUUGAAAAAAUCUGCAAGAAGCCAGAUUCUACAGCAUCUGAAAGAGCAGUUGCCAGAUUAGCAGUACACCCUCUUCUGAAGAAAAAAAUAGAUGUGCUUAAAGCUGCUGUCCAAGCCUUUAAAGAUGCAAGACAAAAUGCUACCAAAGUUGACUCAUCAAAGAAUACUUCAGAAGAAAAUCAUUAUAAAGACACUUUGUGUUCAAAUGAUGAUGCAAGGAAAUUACAGCCUGAAGAAACUAUCACCAGUGAGCAGAAAGUGAAAGAAGCCAAAAUACAGGCAAAGAAACCAACAAAUAAUUCAAAGGAAAAAAUAGCCAAGGUAGAACAUGGAUCCAAAGCAGUAAACAUUACAGAAUCUCUGUCAAAGCCUUUGGGAGAGGAUUCUGUAGUUCUUUGUCAACCUGAGCACACACCUGCUGAAACAAAAAUGAAAACAUUAAGUCAAACAAAAAUAAUGAAGGGGUCUGAUAGCUCAGUUGAUGGUAACAGUGAUAGCGAAGAAGAAUUACAUGAAGAGGAAAAGGUGUAUUUUGAUGACAGCACAGAAGAAAGGUUCUACAAACAGUCUUCCAUGUCCGAGGAUAGUGAUAGCGGUGAUGACUUUUUCAUUGGGAAAGCCAGGCGGACAGGAAGGAAAGAAAGUAGUUGCCAUUCUUCAGCUAAGGAACAAAAACCCCUCCAAUUUUUACCCAAGGAAGAGACUCAUGAAACCCAUUUGAAUGUAAGAAAUGACAAAAACAAGCCAAGUACAGAAGCCAGGAAGUUAGAAUCAGUGUUUUUCCAUUCUUUGUCUGGAUCUAAAACCUCUAGAAGGGAUUAUAGAGAACAAGCUCCAAAGAGCAAAACCACCCCAGAUUUUCUGGAAAACAAACCUCAGACUGAGAAUCUAUUUAAAAAGAAUGUACCAAAAGGACCUACAAAUACAAAGCAGCAGUUACACCUGCCUCUUCAUCCUUCUUGGGAAGCAAGCAGGAGGCGUAAAGAACAACAGUCUAAAAUUGCUGUGUUUCAGGGGAAAAAAAUUACAUUUGAUGAUUGAUCGGUACUUCUUUUUGGACUUUCCAUCUAAAAGUUAUUUUCCUGUCUUUCCCACCCCCUGGGGGGCGGAAUUUUUUUUUUAAUUUAAUAAUGUAACUUAUUUUACAUUAUAUCUGAGUAAGUCUUAUUGAAGGGGUCAUAGAAUGCUAAGUGAGAGUUCAAGUUAUGUUUACAUAUCUUUCAGAAAUCAAGUACACACUUAAAUUAAUUUUUAAUAAUACUCCUUGGAUUAUUUCUUCUGUAAAAGAAUUUGGGAAUUAUAGUAAUGUUAGGAUUUCUCAUUUGUUCAUAUCAUGAAGUAUGUUUCCCUGGUGCAGCUUUUUUUUGUUUGUUUUUUUGUCAUGAAAAUAAAUGUCAAGGUAUAUUUAAAAUAGUAAUGAAAAAAUUUGAGAACCUCUUAGUUAUUUAAAGUAGAUUACCUUUGUUAGAAGUUAUUCUUUUGAGCAAAACAAAAGUAGUUACUUUAUUAUGGGUGUACAAAAAAUAAAUUAUA